GGAUCAAAAAACUUUGUUUAAUAAUUAUAUUUAUCAAAUAGUAGACGAGGUCUUAGAAGGAUUUAAUUGCACUUUGUUCUGCUAUGGACAGACAGGGACAGGUAAGACAUAUACUAUGGAAGGCAAAAUAUUAGAACACCUGAAACAAUAUGAUAAUAAUAAUAAUAAUAAAAAGAUAGAUUUAAAUGAAAGUGUAAAUAGCGACAUCAGUUACUGUUAUGAACUUUGUGAGAAUGAAGAUACUGGACUUAUAUUUAGAGUGACUAAAAGAAUAUUUGAUAUAUUGAAUAAAAGGAAGGAAGAAAAAAUAAGAUAUUAUAAGGGCAAAAAUAAUAUAUAUGAUGAAAAGGAUAAGAAAAAUAUAAAUAUAAUAAAUAAGGACCCUACUGGUAAUAAUAAAAAUAAUGAUAAUAAUAAUAAAAAUAAUGAUAAUAAUAAUAAAAAUAAUGAUAAAAAGAAUAAUGAUAAUAAUAAUAAUAAUUAUAGUCAUAAUAAUCAUAAUAAUCAUAAUAAUAAUUAUUAUAGUCAUAAUAAAGUCCAUGUUGAUAAAAACCACAUUUUAAACAAUACAAAUAUAAUGGAAGAACAAAAUAAUUUAUCAGUGUGUGAAAUGAGGAGAGAUGCUAAUAGUGAUAUAAUAAAAAAAUGUAGUGUAUCU